AAAACAUUGAUCAACCUUCAGUUGUAUGACAUAAUUUUCGAUUACAACAAUUUAUGGCACAACAAAUUGUUUUAAACUGUAAUAGAAUUGUUGAAUCUUAUUGUUUAAUGUCCUUCAUCCCAACGGCAAACCUAUUGAAGUCUCUUGAUGGAUUGUUCUACGUGUAUGGUCGACAUAACUUUCAAAUAAGUACUAAUAUUAAACAAUGUGCUACAUUUGCAACUGCUUCGCUUGGACUCUUGAUCUUAUACAAAGAGCUAUCACUUUUGCAUUGGCAUGUCUAAUGGCUUUCGCCGUGUGCUUUGGGCUCACCAUUGCUAUAGUGGCUGGUAUAGCGUAUGGCUACAAUUACUCUAUGGCUGAGUUCUUAACAUUCACUAGAACUAACGUCUCAGUAUUCAUGCGUCGAGGACAAUUCCUGGAUACACCUGAUCUUUUUGGCAAAAAUAGAAGAAUGGGAAAUCACGAUGAUGCAUUCUCUACAAAUAUAACAAACGAUUAUCAAGACGAAAACCGUAGGAGUGACAGUAGAUCACUUUCUGACUCGUGGAACGCAGCCGAAGAGACCAGAAGAUACGCUGAGAAACUGACAAAAUACGCUGCUGAGAAGUCUUACGAUACAGAAAUCGAUGCACCCAAUAAUAUUUAUUCCAAAAUAAGCUUGUCUCCGGUUCUAACGGAAAUUCCGAUCUUUGGAAUUCCAACGGCCGUAUGGAAAAGCGGCUCAUCGAAAAUAAUCAUGAGGAAUUUUCCUCCCGUCGAAGAAAUAACUUCAGCUAUCAAAUCGCUCAAGGAUUAUGAUGACGAGAAUUUUCAUAAAAAUAAUAAUACUAAUUCGAAUGAAAGAACAAAUAACAGUUCCGAAUCAAAUAUAUCAAAAGAGAAAAAUGAAGAUGGUGUAAGUGAAAACUUAACAACGCUGAACUCAUUGAGUUUCUCAACAUACAAAGCUCCGCCGGUUCUGGACUAUCCAUCUGAAGACGUCGAAGAAGAUAAGAUAAUUUACAAGCCAGUGUGAUUGUGUUCCAAAUGAUUUUCUAUUUCAAGUUUUACUAUAUUCAAUAAAAAUAUUGUUUUUCGAUAUCUCUGCUCUACGUCUAGACCACGAGAUCCUUCGUGCAUUUUAUUGUCGGACGAGCCAUAUGAACGUAUCCAAUGAGCCAAUUUUGUACACGAAAAAUAAUUAAGACAAUUAUACUUUGAUGCACGUGUU